CAGGCCAAGAUGAUGUCAUUGCUUAUAUACCUAUCCAUAUUUACAACAGUUGAAUUGAGUUGAACAGAAGGAGGUUGAAAGAAGUCGUUGUGUUGUGCAGCACGUGGUGAUUCUAUUCUCUUUUUAAUAAUAUUAAUUUUCUCCUCAACGAAAAUGGUGUUAGAUUUAGAUCAUUUUCGGGAAGAUAAGGGAUUCAAUCCUCAAAUUAUCCGAGAUUACCAAGCGAAACGAUUUAAAGAUGUUGGACUGGUAGAUACGGUUGUGAUGAAAGAUCAGCUUUGGAGACAGCUGCGACACAAAGCCGAUAGUUUAAAUAAAUUGAAAAAUCUUUGUAGUAAAGAAAUUGGUGAGAAAAUGAAGAAAAAGGAACCGAUGGGAGCUGAUGAAUUGCCGCCUAAAGAAAUGGAGGAUAAUUUAAGCGAUGUUACAUCGGAUAGCCUCAAGACUUUGACAAUUAAUCAAAUAAAAAAGCUUCGAGACUGUCUGGAUAAGGCAAUAGAAAAUAACAAUACGAAUUUAAUUAAUGCAGAAUCAAUGAGAAAUGAUGCUCUCAGAGAAAUUGGAAAUCGUCUUCAUGAUUCGGUUCCAGUUAGUAAUAAUGAAGAUGAAAACAAGGUUGAACGGACACAUGGUGACUGUAUGCAACGUAAAAAAUACUCUCAUGUAGACUUAAUUCACAUGAUUGAUGGCAUGGAUGGAGAACGGGGAACUGCAGUUUCUGGAGGAAGAGGAUACUUUCUCACUGGUCCCGCUGUUUUCUUGGAACAUGCUCUUAUUCAGUUUGCACUUAGAAAAUUAUUUGACAAAGGAUACAAACCUUUGUAUACGCCUUUUUUCAUGAAAAAGGAAGUUAUGCAAGAAGUGGCACAGUUGGUUCAAUUUGAAGAAGAAUUGUACAAAGUGACGGGAAAAGGAAGUGAACAAGAAGGCGAUAAAACAGUCGAAGAAAAAUUUUUAAUUGCCACUUCGGAGCAACCUAUUGCCGCUUAUCACAGAGGAGAAUGGAUUGCAGAGAACACAUUGCCAAUUAGAUAUGCUGGACUUUCCACUUGCUUCCGGCAAGAGGUUGGCUCUCAUGGACGAGACACUCGAGGAAUUUUUCGAGUACAUCAGUUUGAAAAAGUUGAACAAUUUUGCUUGACGUCCCCGCACGAUAAUAAGUCUUGGGAGAUGAUGGAGGAAAUGAUUUCAAAUGCAGAAGAAUUCUGUAAGGACUUGAAUAUUCCUUACCGAAUCGUAAACAUUGUAUCAGGUGCAUUAAAUUUAGCUGCUGCUAAAAAAUUAGAUCUUGAGGCAUGGUUUCCUGGCUCUGGAGCAUUUAGAGAACUUGUCUCCUGCAGCAACUGUUUAGAUUAUCAAGCUAGAAGAUUACUUGUGAGAUAUGGACAAACUAAGAAAAUGAAUUCCACAACAGAUUAUGUCCACAUGUUGAAUGCAACAAUGUGUGCAGCAACGAGAGUGAUUUGUGCUCUUUUAGAAAUCAAUCAAACUGAUACAGGAAUCAAAGUCCCAGAAGCACUUUCACAAUUUAUGCCAACUCAAUAUCAAACUGAAAUUCCAUUUGUUAAAGCUGCACCCAUUGAUUUGUUGGAGGUUAAAAAGCAAAAGAAUAAGUAAUCUUAAUGAAAUAAUUACUUUUUUAAAAUUAAUUUCUACUAUUUGAUUUUUAUAUUUCAAAACUUUUUUAUCUUGCAAAA